AUGGGCGGCGACCAUGGCGGCCACGGCCCUAGCGGCGGCGACUUCCGGCAGAAGGUGUGGAGCAUGACCGGCGGGCCCUACUGCCGGCCCGUCCACUGGCGCCGCAACACCGCCAUCGCCAUGGUCGGCAUCUUCCUUGUCUGCAUCCCCAUCGCCAUGAAAUCCGCCGAGCUCGAGCAACGCCCGCAUCACCCAGUCCGGCCAAUCCCAUCCCAGCUUUGGUGCAAGAACUUUGGCAAGAAGGAGUACUGA